CCCUCAAUUAUGUAUAGUUUGGAUUAGAUUAGUUAAUAUUUAACUAUAUACAAAAAUGUAGCAAAAAUCAUUUUGCUACAUUGUACUCAUGUGAUUCUUGUUAAUAAGAGAAUAUUUCAAAAGACAGACGACACAUGCCAUAACGUUACUCACUCUAAGUCUUUUGUUGUUGUUCCAGAAACUCUCAAUUGACAACCAUGUCCUUUUCCACAAAAACAUUCAUCCUCUACCUCGUAUCCGCUUUCUCCGUCGCAAUUCUCUCCGCUCUUUACCUCACCCAAACAGCCAACCACCACGAAAAACCAUCUCUAUCUCUUCCCCACAAUCCCCUUCAACUCCACACCCUUAACGGAUCCAAAACCGUUAAAACUUGGCCCGAACUGAAAGCUAGUUGGAGACUUGCUUUGGCGACAGUUAUUGGUUUUCUAGGAUCUGCUUUUGGUACGGUUGGUGGUGUUGGUGGUGGUGGCAUUUUUGUUCCUAUGCUUACUCUUAUAAUCGGUUUCGAUACCAAGUCUGCAGCAGCUCUUUCGAAAUGUAUGAUAAUGGGAGCAUCAACAUCUUCUGUGUUUUAUAACCUACGAGUUCGUCAUCCGACGAAAGAUGUUCCGAUAUUGGAUUAUGAUUUAGCUCUUCUUUUUCAACCUAUGCUUAUGCUUGGUAUAACUGUCGGUGUUUCUCUUAGUGUUGUUUUCCCUUACUGGCUCAUCACUGUCCUUAUCAUUAUUCUCUUCAUAGGAACUUCUUCAAGGUCUUUCUUUAAGGGAACUGAGAUGUGGAAAGAAGAAACUCUUCUCAAAAAAGAAAUGGCUCAAGUGCAAACAACUUUUGUUAAUUCUCGUGGCGAACUUCUAAUUGACACGGAAUAUGAUCCAUUAGUACCUAGAGAAGAGAAGACACCUAUGCAAAUCUUUUGUUCUAACCUUAAAUGGAAAAGGAUUUUGGUUUUGAUGGUUGUUUGGGUUUCUUUCCUUCUACUUCAAAUCAUUAAGAAUAACGCUAGGGUCUGCAGUGUAUGGUAUUGGGCCCUUUUCUCCUUACAGUUUCCUAUUGCGCUUGUUGUGUUUGGCUAUGAAGGAGUGAAAUUGAACAAGGAUUACAAGAAGAGGAUGAGUACAGGAAACCUGGAAUGUAUCUGUGAAGCUUCAAUUGAAUGGACUGUGUUGCACAUUGUGUUCUGUGCACUGUGUGGAAUCUUAGGUGGGACAGUUGGAGGAUUACUUGGCUCUGGAGGUGGUUUCAUUUUGGGACCUCUUCUCAUUGAGAUUGGAGUUAUCCCUCAGGUUGCUAGUGCAACAGCAACAUUUGUGAUGAUGUUCUCAUCAUCUUUGUCUGUGGUUGAAUUCUACCUACUCAAGAGGUUCCCUAUUCCCUAUGCAUUAUACCUCUUCACUGUGUCUGUUCUAGCUGGAUUUGUGGGACAGUUAUUUGUAAGAAAAUUGCUUAGAAUUCUUGGAAGAGCUUCAAUCAUUGUGUUCAUCCUCUCAGGGGUCAUUUUUGCAAGUGCUCUCACCAUGGGUGUGAUUGGCAUUGAGAAGAGUAUUCAUAUGAUCCAAAACCACGAUUUUAUGGGAUUUCUAGGCUUUUGUAGCAGUCAAUAGUUGCACAUUAUGGAGUCAAUGUGAAAAAGCUUGUAUAAAUCUCAAUUUGAAAGAAGGACAAAGUGAGCAUUGAUGAAUGUUGGUCAAUACUUAGUUGACCAACAAGAAUAAAUAAAGCUAGCUUGUCCUAUCGUUUUUGAGUUAGUGUUAACUUCUGGUUAACACGUUUCUCAUAAUAGUGUGCAGCAUUUAUGUGUGAUGAAAAGAAAAUGUUUGUUGUGUAGUGAUUCAAUUAGUGUGAUGGUACAAAAGCAUGUGCAUUCAUUCAAUGUUUGUGUUUGUAUGUGGCCAAUUCCUCGUUGGCUACAUUUAAAGGUCAUUUUCUUGUGUAUUGAAUAAACAAGGCGUGAUUGCCUUUCAUUCUAAGGAUUUGUGGUUGAAUGUUA